AUGGGGGAUACAGUUCUAGAAGUUAGAAACCUAAUAUGGUUCACCAAAGGGGAAAAUAUUGCUCCUGUGGAUCUGAAAGAUGACCAAGAUUACGCAGGACGCAUAGAGUAUAAACAUGGCUGCACCGUGGCUAUCAGGGACGUACGAGAGAGUGACUCUGCUGUCUACAAGUUCAGGUUCACAACCAAUAACCAAAGAGGAAAAUACACCGGCUCGCCGGGGGUCACUUUGUCAGUCUCUGCCGUCGAGCUGCAAGUGAUCAAAUGGGAGCGCAGACAGAACGGCACUCUGGCAGAGAUGACGUGCAAAAGCAAAUGUCUGCCUGACCUACAUCCUUACAUCUGGAUCAAGAACGGGCAGGACGUUUUGAUGCAGACCUCCUCGUCUUUUUCAUACAUGUUUUCUGACGCCGACCGCAUUUCUUGCGCUGCAGCAGGACACAGGAAUUUCCCGUCUCCGUCAGUGUACAUGCCGAAUCUUCCCUCUGUGUCGAUGAGUUCCUCUGGUCACAUUGUGGAGGGCAACCCAAUAACUCUAACUUGUUCCAGUGAUGCUAAUCCAGCAGCUACAUACACCUGGUACAAGAAGGACGCUUCUGCUUCUCUCAGCAAAGGCUCACAACUCGUCUUCAAGUCUAUCCAAUCCUCUGACUCUGGAGAAUAUUAUUGUAAAGCUGAGAACGUCCUGAGAAUAAGGGCAUCUAAAGUCGUCUUCAUUGACGUAAAAUACUCACCAAGGCUUCCUUCUGUGGCAUUAAGACCCUCUGGUGAAAUAGUGAGGGGAACCUCUGUGGACCUGAUUUGUUCCAGUGAUGCUAAUCCAACAGCUAAGUACAUCUGGUUCAAGAAGAACAAUCCUGGGCCUCUGAGCAACGACUCGCAACUCGUCUUUGAGUCUAUCCAUUCGUCUGACUCUGGAGAGUACUACUGCACAUCAGAGAAUAUGCUGAACCAAGUGACAUCUGAAGGCAUUUUUAUUGAUGUGAAAUUCUCUGCCAUUUUUCUGUCAUGUAAAGAGAUGAAAGCAGCAGCUAUGAGUUUCUCAGCAGUGAUMCGUGGAGUUAUUGUCCUUCUGAUGGCAGCAGAUGUUUGUGGUCAGGAUGGCUGGGGUGUGACCUAUGGUCCUUCCAUUUGUGCCCUAAAAGGAUCAACAGUGGAAAUGAGCUGCAACUAUACUUACCCAGACACAUACAAAAAUGCACAGAUUGUUAUAAAGGAAACAUUUUGGUUUACAAAAGUGAGUAAUGGAAAUUAUGUGGCACUGAAAGGUGACACAGACUAUUCAGGUCGUGUGGAAUAUCCAUGCACAAAAAAAUACUGCAAUCUGAAAAUCUCUAAUGUGAAACAAACUGACUCAAAAGAGUACAAGUUCAGGUUCACAACAAACCAUCCAGAUGGAAAAUACACUGGUUCACCUGGAGUCUUUUUAUCUGUCACAGACCCACAGCUGCAGGUGAAGGUAAACGGGUUAGACGAUCCAACCAGGAUCCAGCUGACAUGUCACACUGACUGUCAGCUGCCUCGUCCAGUUUCCUACGUCUGGUUGGAGGAUGAAACACCAAUCACAACAGAGAAUAAUAAUCUGUUCCUGUCCUCAUUUAACACCUCACACAGAUAUCAAUGUGCCAUAAAAGGUUAUGAUCAUGUUCCAUCUCCUGCAGUGUAUGCUCCACUGAACACCGCUCUGUCAGUGACGCCCUCAGAAACUGUUGAAGGCUCUUCAGUGACUCUGACCUGCMGCAGUGAUGCUAAUCCAGCAGCUAAAUACAACAUUUACAGGGUGAAUGAAGGUCAACAUGGUCAACUUCUCAGAACAGAAAAACAAUCAGUCUUCAGCUCCAUCCAGGUCUCUGAUACUGGGAGAUAUUACUGUACAGCUGGAAAUGACCUGGGAAGCCAAACGUCUCCAAGUAUUGAUAUUAAUGUGAAAUACGGUCCAAAGAGCUGCUCUGUGUCGGUGAACCCCUCURGAUCAAUAGAGGAGGGUAACCCAGUGAAUCUGACCUGCAGCAGUGAUGCUAACCCAGCAGCUAGCUACAACUGGUACAAGGAGAAUAAAAUCAUUCUUACUGGAUCSAAGGUUUAUCAUGUCGCCGCUGUCGGCUCAGAGCACAGAGGAAACUACGUUUGCAAGGCUCAGAACCAGCAUGGAGAACRAAACUCUUCAUCUCUGUUUCUAGAUGUUCUCUAUGCCCCAAAGGUUCCCUCUGUGUCCAUAAGUCCUUCAGGUGACAUCCUGGAGGGAAACUCAGUGAAUCUGACCUGCAGCAGUGAUGCUAACCCAGCAGCUAGCUACAACUGGUACAGGGGAAAAGACAACAAACUCAUGGAAUCAAAUAAAAAUCUCAUCUUCAACUCCAUCAAUUCACAUGAUUCUGGGCAAUAUUACUGCACAGCCACAAACAACAGGGGACAAAAGAACUCAAGUGUCAGUGUUAAUGUUACAUAUGCUCCCAGACCUCCUUCAGUGUCUCGGAGUCCGUCUGGUGACAUCAUGGUGGGAAAAUCAGUGACUCUGACAUGUAGCAGUGAUGCUAACCCAGCAGCUAGCUACAGUUGGUUCAAAGAGGGAGAAAAGGCACUAAAAGCUUCAGAAAAAAGCUUCACCAUCACCAACAUACAAGAAGAACACAGUGGGAACUAUUACUGUAAAGUCCAGAACAAGCUAGGACAGCACAACGCCACUCUAUCUGUGACUGUUGUGGCAGUGCCAUUAAUGUAUGUACUCAUUGGAACUAUUGCUUCUAUUUUGCUGAUCAUGAUAUCCCUCCUUGUCUUCUUAAUAUCGAGGUAAAUUAAUCUUUUUUUUUCGCUUCAUAUUUCUUACAUCUAAAGUUUCCAUAAAAUGUAUUCACCUUUCUGGUUGCCUUAACCUUUUUAA